GUUGAGGGACAAGCCGGCAACGGGCCGAAGCCUUUUGCAUUUCAACGCGACAACGAGCUCAUCCUCCGACUCAUUCUCGGCGCAACUCUGCGGAAUCUUCCAGACAGCAACGUGAAGGUUGGCGAGAAUGAGACGGAAGUCCUGAAACCGGCAGAGAUACAAGUUCAGCUGCCGCCAGACUAUGUUUGCAUGGUGCUUGGCGAUGGAACAGCAGAUCCAGAUGGCGGCAAAGGAUUCUUUACGCAAGACUUGAACAACGAUGGCUAUUCUGACAAUCCCAUGGCAACCGUUCUCAGUGGCUCAUGGACGUCCUUUGGAUCCUUGUGCAAGUUCACAUUGGAGGGCACGGCAGCCCUCUAUGCGAACCAGUUUGUGGAUGUGCGGAUUUCAGUCGUCAAUCCGCGGCUCCCGCUGCGCAAAGAUGACCCCCUGAAUCUUUGGACCAUCAAUCUCAUUGCAGCUGACGGAGACACUCUUGCUGGCCCUACACCGUUCAUAUCGCUUGAAGAAGAGAAGUCGCUACCAGGAUGGGCUGGAAAUCUAGCUGUCCUUGGCAGGCUCGAAGGGGAGUCGAUACAACCUUCGAACUUUGCUGCCGGUGCGAACAAUACACUGAACGUAUUUGUGCAGAUGACCCAGCAGAUGCCAAUAUACUCCUACCUGGUCAUUGACGCACCGCCAGGGUACGACUUCACUGCGGUCUGUUCUACUGCAGACCUAGAUCCCGCCUACUAUCAGGACUGGGAAGCCCUGCCCUGGGGCACAGAGGUGGUGGGACCUCGAGCAACCACAAGCUCACUGGGCGCGGAUGUGAACUGCACCCCAGAUGAUUGGCAGAGGCCAGCGGACAUCCCCACAGCAACAGCUCCCUUCACACGCGUCUUCCUUCGUAUCGGUCGAACACUGUUGCUCGGAAAAUUUUACGCCUUUCAGAUCAAUGUGACGAACGUUGUGGAGUGGAACAUCAGUCAGCACGCGCAGUGGCGACUCUGGUUGCAGAGUCCAGAGGGCUACAUGGUGGACGGCUCGACGUAUCCCGUGCAGUUCAAUGCAGCGCGAAUUGACACGCUGCCUGUGUUUCCUCAUGACCAGGGACUUUUGCCCACCGCCGCCUUCGAUAUGAGCGCCUUCUUGACUGUGUACCCGCUAACACCAUCCUCUGAUGGGCAGCCUAUACACGUUCGCGUGAUCGCCCCUGUGGGAUAUGUCUGGAUCCCGCACGCAGAGCAAGGAUGGCAGGGCUAUGUACCCAACGUCACGUGCCGCUUCUGGGUUGCUGUUAAGGAAUUUAAAUUAAGGGAUUAG